AUGGCGGCGCGGAGCCGAGGCCCGUGAGGCGCGGGCGGAGCUGCGGCCGCUCCGGGGGCUCCGGGCGGGACCGGCCCCGCGGGCUCCGAGCGCUGCCGGGCGCUCCCGCCGGCCAUGACCGGCGAGAAGCUCCGCUCGCUGCGCAGGGACCACAAGCCCAGCAAGGAGGACGGAGACCUGCUGGCGGCCGGCGAGGACGAGGCGGCCGCGGCGCCCGGGGGCGCCUUCACGGGCGGGAAGGGCGGGCGGGCCGGGGGGCACCGCGGGCCCGGCGCUCACCGGCACCGCCCGCCGGCCCGGGCCGCCCCCGCCGGGCCCGAGCGCGGCCCCUUCCCCGUGCACGAGUGCGUGUUCAAGGGGGACGUGCGGCGGCUCUCGGCGCUCAUCCGCACCCAGGGCAUCGCCCAGAAGGACAGUCACGGAAACACUCCUUUACAUCUUGCUGUGAUGUUGGGACAUAAAGAAUGUGCCCACCUGCUUUUAGCCCAUAAUGCUCCAGUAAAGGUGAAAAAUGCUCAGGGAUGGAGCCCUCUGGCCGAAGCCAUCAGCUAUGGAGACAGACAGAUGAUUUCAGCACUCCUGAGGAAGCUCAAGCAGCAGUCCAGGGAAAGUGUUGAAGAGAAGCGACCUCGGUUAUUAAAAGCCCUGAAGGAGCUAGGUGACUUCUAUCUAGAGCUUCACUGGGAUUUUCAAAGUUGGGUGCCUUUACUUUCCCGAAUUCUGCCUUCUGAUGCAUGUAAAAUACACAAACAAGGUAUAAAUAUCAGGCUGGACACAACUCUGAUAGACUUUACUGACAUGAAGUGCCAACGAGGGGAUUUAAGCUUCAUUUUUAACGGUGAUGCCGCACCCUCCGAAUCUUUUGUAGUUUUAGACAAUGAGCAAAAAGUUUACCAGCGAAUACACCACGAGGAAUCUGAGAUGGAGACAGAAGAGGAGGUUGACAUUUUGAUGAGCAGUGAUAUUUACUCUGCCACCUUAUCCACCAAAUCCAUCACGUUCACGCGGGCCCAGACGGGGUGGCUCUUCAGGGAGGACAAAACUGAAAGAGUAGGAAACUUCCUGGCAGAUUUCUACUUGGUGAAUGGACUUGUGUUGGAAUCCAGGAAAAGAAGGGAACAUCUCAGUGAGGAGGACAUCCUUCGGAAUAAAGCGAUCAUGGAGAGCCUGAGCAAAGGGGGAAACCUCAUGGAGCAGAAUUUUGAGCCCGUGCGCCGGCAGUCGCUGACGCCGCCGUCCCCCAACACCAUCUCCUGGGAGGAGUACAUCUCUGCAGAGAGUGGCAAAGCUCCUCACCUGGGCAGGGAGCUGGUCUGCAAGGAGAGCAAGAAAACCUUCAAAGCCACGAUAGCAAUGAGCCAGGAAUUCCCCUUAGGAAUUGAAUCGUUGUUGAAUGUCUUAGAAGUCAUUGCACCCUUCAAGCACUUUAACAAACUUAGAGAAUUUGUUCAAAUGAAGCUUCCACCAGGCUUUCCUGUCAAAUUAGACAUCCCGGUGUUCCCCACCAUCACGGCCACUGUGACGUUCCAGGAGUUCCGUUACGACGAGUUCGACGACUCCAUCUUCACCAUUCCCGACGACUACAAGGAGGAUCCCAGCCGCUUCCCGGACCUCUAGGGGGGGCUGGGAGCUCCUGGGAACAUCCACCCCGGCGUCCCAGGGCCAGGGAAUGGCUGCACCCCCAGCAGGGCAGAGCCGUGGGGCACGGCAAGGGAUGAACUCGUGAGCCCGCAGCGAAGGGAAGGAGCAGCAGUGCGGCUGUGCUGGCACUGCUCUGGGCAUCCAGCCCCUCCAGCUCCCUCUUCCCAGAGCCUCCUGCUGCCAUCCCCUUUGGCACAGCUCCUGGCUCGGGAGAUGCCACCCCCGGCUGGGAGGAGCUGCUGGUUUUUAAAUUUUUUACACUUGUGGUGAUCCACGAGGCGCUGCUGGACCUUGGCACCGAGCUGGGGCUGGGGGUGAGGUGAGCUCCCCCUGUCCUUCCCGUGCUCCCUGUUCCCUGAGCUCCCGGCCCAGCCACGGAAUGUUGGAAGGUAUCCUGAAGGAAUGCCUUGGCUGUAGAUGAAUGAACCAAACGGGCACCACUGACACUUGGAUUUCCUCCUGCACCCAGGCAGAGCCGGCUGUGCUCUGCAGGGAGCGCCGGCCCAGCCUGAUCCCUUCAUUCCCCCUUCCCUCCCUGCUCCCUGCCUGGCUUGGGGCACUCCAGGGCUGCCUGGCCAGGAAUGUCACUUGUUAAUCCUUUAUUUGACCCUCCCUUGGGAGAGGCUGGGCACCACCAGGUCAGUGUGUGGGAACUGGGAGAGGCUCAGGCAUUGCCCCUUCCUGCAGGAGGAGCUCUCCCUGCACUGGGGCCGUGGUGGUGCUCCCAGGCAGCUUUCACUGGGGUGUUCCCACAUGCAUUUCCUGCCUCUUCGUGUUUAAAUCACAGAGAAUCCCAGACUGGUUUGGGGUGGGGGGACCUUACAGCUCAUCUUGUCCAGCCCCCCUUCACAGAUGGUUCAGUACUCCAGCUCCUCGAGCUUGUUCCCAUUCCCAGUUGUUCCAGUCUCCUCAUCUAACAAUAAUCCACCUUUUUGGGGUUUGUUAGGCAAGAUUUGUGCAGAAGGCUGAUGGUGCUAUUUGUUUGUAUGAAGAAAUUUAGAUUCAAGUGCUGUGGUGUCAUUGUACAAAAAUGUAAAUAUUUUCCAAAUUAUAUUCUUUGUGCACUGUAGGUAAAACUUUUUCUGGAAUUCCAUAGAGUUAAGGAUCAAAGUUUAUAACGAAGAGGAUCAUUGAUGCUCAGUAGAGGGAACAGCUGUGCUGAGCACAAGGGACAAGGGAGGGGCUCAGCACAGGGCAAGGUGUCAGGCACACCUGAGAGCAGGGAAUUCCAAACUGCUGGAAUCUCUGAUCCAUCCCAAAGAGGCUGCUCUGGGGAGGGACGUGGAGGAGGCCCAGGGAAUCACUGUCAGCAAAGUCCAGGAGCACUGGAGUGGGAGGGUGGGCUUGGUCCUUUCCCAGCACCUCUGGACCUGGGGGACAGGGGAGCACUGGGACAGGGGAGCAGUGCAGCUUUGUUCUUAAUUCAAACUCAAAUCCAAAAUGAAACCUUAGGGAAAACAAGCAAAGGGAAAUGACUGCUGCAGUGCCGUGUCAGGGCAGGUGUGGAGCAUCCUCUGGGAAUGAUGGAACUUGUUCUCCCAAGUCAUGAUGAAUUCCUGAUGUGUUUCACACCUCUGGGAUGAACUGACAGCUCCGUGGUACAGGGAGGAUCCGUGGGUUUGUGUUUCUUUGCGUUUUUGGUCAUCCCAAAUCCAUCCCUGGCUCCGUGGAAGCGUCGCUGGGGCUGUGGGAUCCCAGGGUGGAUCCUGGCCUUGGAACUGGAAAACAAAAAGGGUUUUGGGUGGCCUCCUCUGGGAUUGAGGCUCCUGUGGCUCUGUCCCCCCUGGACCAGCCCCUGGUGGCCGUGGGGUGUCUGCCCAAAGCCCAGGGCAGGUCCUGGAAGUGUUUCCUGUGAUUCCUGUGGCCUCUGGCUGCAGACCUGGGGGAUUUUCACCCCCCAGGACACAGCUGCUCCCUGGGACACUUCCAGGGGCUGCAGGAAGCUGUUCCUAAGGCUUGUUCUGCCUUGGACUGUGGGCACAGCUUUGGGGCUGUCCUUGUUCUGGGUUAUCCCGGGAAAUCCGGCUGCUCCUGCUCUCCCUGUGGAGCUGAGGGAUGGGAAUUCCCUGGAUUGUUCCCCAGGGCAGCCCCUGGGCUCCCAGAGCUGCUCUCAGUACUUUUCCCUCCUCCUGGGAUGUGUUUCCUCUCUGAACAUUCCGGGUGAGGAGUUCUCACACGUAGGGAUACCUGGGCAUUCCCAAUGGGUGCACUGCAGGAAUUCUCAGUUAGAGGGACACUGGGCUGAGCCUGUGGAUCCCGAGGGGCUGCCCACGUUGAGAUCCAUGUUUAUAUCCAUGUUUUCUCCACUAAAGCCUGUUUUUGUCACUGGGUUGUGUUGCAUGGACACGGGGAAUGUUUGUGGGCCCGGAUGUGUCUCCAGGGUGUUCCCAGCCCCAGCCUGGGGCACAGGGUCCCUCCCCUGUCCCAGGCUCUGGGAAAUUCCUUUUCCAAGCAGCAUUGAUCCAGCAGAGCCUCACCUCGGCUUUCCCCAUUUUCCUGGAGGCCAGGCCAGAUUUUCCAGGAGGGUUUGGUCCCUGGGAGUGAGCACAGAUCCGUGGACCCAGCAGCUCCAGCUCCUCCCUGUGGCCUGGGAAUGCCAGGGGGACCAGGAGCAGCCCUGGACCCCAGCUGGAGUCGGUGUCCGGGGCAGGAGGAGAAGGGAGCUGGAGCAGGCUGGUGGGAAUCACAUCCCACUGCUCCUGCCCAGCCUGGGGCUCCCCUCCCACCACUUCUUUUUUUCCCGAGGUUUUUUAUGGCUCUUAAAAGACAACCAGGAACUUUGCUCAACCCAGUUCCGACCUCACUGCGGAAGGAUCCCGCGGGUUGUUUCUGAACCAAACCGUUCCUCCGGUCUUCCAAGCUCCUGCUCUGCCCGUGGCAAAGGGAACACCCUGGAUUCGCUCUGGAGCUGCUGUCCAGCCACUGCACUCCCAGCACAGCAAUUCCCUGCUCCUGCCUCGAGUCCGUUCGUCCCGCCCGGAUGUGUUUGUGCUGGAAUCCCCCGGAUUCCAUCGAUAUUCCCAGUCGUCCUCUGUUAUUUUCUGUCUCUGCUCCUGAGUUGUGAUUCCCGCCAGGAGAACUGCGUUAUUUAAUCCGGAUUAACCAAUUCCUGUAAUGCUGCAGUUUCACUUUUCUUUUCCUGACAGUUUGUAACUCCCGAGGAAAACGAGUCACCUCUCUUGGUUUUCCUGUCGUCCGCUCCCGGGUUUUCCCUUCCCUUCACUCGUCGUCACUUUGGGUUGUAUCAUUUGUUAGAAUAAAGACCAAACUAUGCUGUUGGAUUUGGAAACUGCUCCACCUGUGCAAUCCAGGCUUCCCUGUCCUGUCCCGCCUCGGCUGCGCUGUGGGAGCGGAGGGGAGGGAACGAGCUCCUGCUGCUGCGUUCUGCAAGGGCAUUUUCUUGGUCAUUUUUUAAAUAAAGUCCUGCAUUUUCAUUACA